AGGGGGCGCCGGAAGGUUCCGGGCAGCGGGAACACAAACAAACAUGGCGGCCCGUAGUGUCUUCAGACCGGGCUUGUUCGACCACAAAGUUGCAAUUGUGACCGGAGGAGCGACUGGCAUCGGUAAAGCCAUAUCUGCUGAGCUUGUGGAGUUGGGCUGCAGCGUGGUGAUCUCCAGCAGGAAGGCGGAGAGACUGGAAGCGGCCGCCCGGGAGAUGAGAGAGAAUAUCCCCGCCUCCAGCCCCGCUCGUGUCACUCCAGUCCCGUGCAACAUCCGCGACGAGACCGAGGUGAAGGCUCUCGUAUCCUCGGUGCUGCAGCAGUACGGACGCAUAGACUUCCUGGUCAACAACGGCGGCGGGCAGUUCAGCAGCCCGGCGGAGCACAUGUCCUCGAAGGGAUGGAAGGCGGUGGUGGACACCAACCUGACUGGAACCUUCCACUGCUGCAAGGAAGUCUACACUGCAUGGAUGAAACAACACGGAGGCGUGAUCGUCAACAUAAUCGCCGAUAUGUGGAAAGGCUUCCCAGGCAUGGCACACACGGGUGCAGCCAGGGCAGCCGUGGAUAACUUAACAAAAAGCCUGGCCGUUGAGUGGGCUUCCUCAGGGGUCCGAGUCAACGCUGUGGCCCCUGGGACCAUUUUUUCUAAAACCGCAAUGGAGAACUAUAAGGAGCUGGGACCAACCCUGUUCAAGAUGUCGGUCCCAUUUAGUCCUGCAAAGAGACUGGGGGUACCAGAGGAGAUCUCCUCAGCAGUUUGUUUCCUGCUCUCCCCCGCCGCCUCCUACAUCUCUGGGGCCACACUGAGGGUGGAUGCAGGACAGAGUCUAUACCACUCCACCUGGGACAUACCCAAUCACAGUGCGUGGCCUGAAGCUCCAGAGGGAGAAAACCUGGAAGCUCUGAAGGAUCUGCUCAGCCCUCAAAGCAAACUCUGAGUCCUCAAAUCCCCAAAACACAAAAUCAUUAAUAAUCAUCUGUAACAGUCGAUAUAUAUGAAUGUGUGAUGCAUGCUAAUUAGAUAGUUUUGCAGACAAACAGCACACAUUUAAUAUGUGGGAACAAAACCCAUACUCCCACCAGACUGCAGUCAGACAAUUUAAAUACUGUAAUGUUUACUGCUUAAACCUUUAUUGUGAAAGUCUGUAUCCUUACUGCUGUAACAGGAUGUAUUGGCUUCACUAACCGGAAGGAGGAGGAAGUGCUAGUUUGAUUGAUUGAUUGAGACUUUUAUUAAUAGGUUGCACAGUGAAGUACAUAUUCCGUACAAUUGACCACUAAAUGGUAACACCCGACCAAGAGGUAAAAAAAAUAAACAAAGCUCCCGGGCUAAACUGAGAAAUAAGAGUUUUCUACGUCGUUAUUAUCCAGAUUAGUCUAUAAUACUUCUCGUGUAUAGCUAAUCACAACUAAUACUAGAUCAACAAAUGAAACAAACUUUGUAUUUUGUAUUUAAAAAUCUAUUAAGUGUUCAUGUGUAUUUGUUUGGCUCAGAUAAAAGGGUGUGUGUUGUAGAGAUCCUGCUGGUGUCAAAGUCAAUGUCGAUGCUCAGAAUUCCCAUGUUCGUGAACGUACCCUUCCUGAAAGGUGAUUGGCGGAGAAUUAAGUGUUUUUUUUUUUCUUCCGAAAUGUUAUACUUCAAUAACAGCAUUAAUACAAAUAUUUAACAAU